CCCCUACCUGUGUAAGCCGAUCCGCCACCGGAGCCUAGCGGAUAAAAGCGACCGGGCCGCGGGAGGUCAGAGAGUUCGGCUCCCUCGCUCCCGCCGCUAGGUCCAGCCCGGUCCAGCCAACAUGUCCAUCCACUUAAGCUCCCAGGUCUUCAGCUCGCGCUCCGCCGCCUUCCCGGGUCGCGGCGCCCAGGUGCGCCUGAGCUCCGUGCGCCCCGGCGGCGGUGCCUUCAGCAGCAGCAGCCUCUACGGCCUGGGCGCCACGCGGGCGCGUGUGCCCGUGCGCUCCACCCACGGGGGCCCAGUGGGCGCCGGCAUCCGCGAGGUCACCAUCAAUCAGAGCCUGCUGGUCCCGCUGCGGAUGGACAUCGACCCCACCAUUCAGCAGGUGCGCCAGGAGGAGCGCGAGCAGAUCAAGACCCUCAACAACAAGUUCGCCUCCUUCAUCGACAAGGUGCGGUUUCUGGAGCAGCAGAAUAAGCUGCUAGAGACCAAGUGGACCCUGCUGCAGGAACAGAGGUCUGCCAAGAGCAGCGGCCUCCCCAGCAUCUUUGAGGCGCACAUUGCUGGCCUGCGGAGGCAGCUUGAGGGGCUGCAGCUCGAAGGAGGCCGCCUGGAGGUGGAGCUGCGGAACGUGCAGGACGCGGUAGAAGACUUCAAGAACAAGUACGAAGAUGAAAUUAACCGUCGCACAGCUGCUGAGAAUGAGUUCGUGGUGCUGAAAAAGGAUGUGGACACUGCCUACAUGAAUAAGGUGGAGUUGGAGGCCAAGUUGGAUGCCCUGAAUGACGAGAUCAACUUCUUCAAGACCCUCUAUGAGACGGAGUUGGCAGAGUUGCAGUCCCAGAUCUCGGACACGUCCGUGGUCCUGUCCAUGGACAACAGCCGCUCCCUGGACCUGGAUGGCAUCAUCGCCGAGGUCAAGGCCCAGUACGAGGAAAUCACCAGCCGCAGCCGGGCUGAGGCCGAGGCCUGGUACCAGACCAAGUUUGAGACCCUCCAGGCCCAGGCUGGGAAGCACAGGGACGACCUCCGGAAUACCCGGAAUGAGAUUGCAGAGAUGAGCCGUGCCAUCCAGAGGCUGCAGGCUGAGAUCGACAGCAUUAAGAACCAGUGUGCCAAGCUGGAGGCUGCCAUUGCAGAAGCCGAAGAACAUGGGGAGCUGGCCCUCAAGGAUGCGCGUGCCAAGAAGGAGGAGCUGGAGGCCGCCCUGCAGCGGGCCAAGCAGGACAUGGCCCGGCAGCUGCGGGAGUACCAGGAGCUCAUGAACGUCAAGAUAGCUCUGGACAUCGAGAUCGCCACCUACCGCAAGCUGCUGGAGGGCGAGGAGAGCCGGUUGGCCGGAGAUGGAGUAGGAGCUGUGAACAUCUCCGUGGUGAACUCCACCGGUGGAGGUGGCAGCGGGCUGGCCGGGCUGGCCUUCAGGGGAACCAUGGGCAGCAAUGCCCUGAGCUUUUCAAGCGGCGGAGGGCCCGGGGCCAUCAAGUCCUAUUCCACCAGGACCUCAGCCACCACCCACAGGAGCGUCCGAAAAUGAGCUCUGCUGUGUGGAGACCCACAGCCCUGCCCCCCCCCCCCCCCCCCCCCCACGUCACAGGAGGACUCCCAUCACGGGUCCCAAGAGGGCCAGGCAGCCUGAAAAGUGAUGUCAGAAUAGCUUCCAAUAAAGCAGCCUUUCUGAAGCCAGGGUGAGCCCCAUCCUGGCCCCUGGGA